AUGCUUUUACUGGAAUUGAAAACCGCUUGGGACUCUUUUUCCUCGCAUUUGAGUGACAAUGUGUUUCUCUACUAUGCGGAAUUAUUGAUACUCACUUUAGUCGUUUACCACACUUAUCGUACCAGCAAAAAGUGGUAUCUCCGCAAAAAAUUAGGUGCUGAGUCUGCAAAGUGGCUCCAGACCUCCUCUGCUGGAUGGAUCAACAGUCUUCCGAUGAGGGAGAUUCUUGAUGCCAAAAGAGAAGGAUAUUUGCUCAGAGAGCUCUGGAAAUAUUGGCACGAUGACGAUGAAAACUUUAUGGUCAAGGUUGCUGGUACAGAAAUGUUCGUUACCACAGACCCUGAGAACUACAAAGCCCUUUUGGCCACGCAAUUUAAUGACUUCAAGUUAGGUAUUCGCCAUUCCCACUUUAAGCCUUUGUUGGGAGACGGUAUUUUCACCUUGGACUACGGUGGAUGGAAACACUCGAGAGCACUUUUGAGACCUAAUUUCUCAAGAGAGAAAGUGGGCCACCUCCACUCUUUGGAGACACACCUCCAAGUGCUCUUCAAACACAUUCGCAAACAUAAUGGCAAGCCCUUUGACCUUCAAGAACUUUUCUUUAGGCUCACAGUUGACACGGCCACCGAAUUUCUUUUUGGACACUCGGCAAACACUUUGGAGGAUGAGUCAAUUGGCAUUCAUAAGGAGGAAACGUUUGAGGGAGAAAAAGAAUUCUACGACUGCUUCAACAUUUCCCAGGCUAUUUGUGCCACCAGAGCAUGGACACAAAAAGGUUAUUUUUUGACCAUUCCAUUUUUGUACAAGGAGUUCACUAGAUGUAACCGUGUUGUGCACAACUUUGCCGACUACUACGUGAAUAUGGCACUCAACAUGUCUCAAGACGAGCUUGAAAAGGAAAGCAACGAUGGAUACAUCUUUUUGUACGAAUUGGCCAAAGAAACCAGAGAUCCAAAGGUUUUGCGUGACCAACUCUUGAACAUUAUGAUUGCUGGCAGAGACACCACCGCUGGAUUAAUGUCUUUUAUCUUUUUCGAGUUGGCCAAAAGACCAGAUGUCUGGGCCAAACUUAAGGCUGAGAUUUAUGAGCGUUUCGGAUAUGGUGACAAUGUGCGUUUCGACGAGAUCACUUUCGAAACAUUGAAGAAAUGCACUUACUUGAAGAAUGUGGUCAACGAAACAUUGAGGUUGUACCCAAGCGUUCCUGUCAACUACCGUCAAGCAAAUAUAAACACCACUUUGCCUAGAGGUGGUGGCCCAGACGGAGACAAGCCGGUCUUGAUUGAAAAGGGAAACGCCGUGGGAUACAUUGUUUCUGCUACCCACAGAAAUGAAAAGUAUUAUGGAAAGGAUGCUGCCGAGUUCAAACCCGAAAGAUGGGAUGACAAGAAUUUGAAGCCGGGUUGGGCAUACUUGCCAUUUAAUGGUGGGCCACGUAUUUGUCUUGGCCAACAGUUUGCAAUCACCGAGGCUAGUUAUGUUGUAACGAGAAUGAUCCAGGAGUUCCCUAACAUUGCAGACCAUGAUGUGGAACCAGAUACUUAUCCACCGAGAAUGAUUUCUCAGUUGACCAAUUCGCUUGCAGCUGGGUGUUACGUCUCCUUAACUAAGUAG